AUGGCUGACUCCAAAGACCUACUGUCUAAUGACAUUCCGUGCAAUUCCCUGACCGAGCUCCCUGACACCACGCAAAUCUUUGAAUCUGUAAAAGUCUCCGUGGCAGACUUGUGCGCAAGGGGAAGGACUCAAUAUGCGCAUAAGAAUUAUGAGCAGGCGGUUGACCUAUAUUCACGCGCAACUGAGCUUCAGGCCGAACUAAAUGGCGAAUUGAACCCAGAAAAUGCCGAAACCCUAUUCCUCUACGGACGCUCGCUCUUCAAGCUGGGUCAGAGCAAAAGCGACGUACUGGGUGUCAAGACAUCCAGUGAAAAUGUCGACCAAAAGAAUCAAGAGAAUUCGACGACAAAGAAAGAAAAUAAUCAUGAAGAAGCCGAAGAAGCGAGUAAAAAGGACUCAGAACCUUCUACUAAUGUAAAGAGUACAAGCAAUUCAACAGCUGAUACCAAGUCAGACCCGCUACUGCAAACAAAAAAAAACCUUUUUCAAUUUACAGGAGACGAAAACUUCGAUGAGUCAGAUGAAGAAGAGGAGGUGAGCAAGGAAGGAGAAUGCGAAGAAGAUGAUUUGGCGGCCGCCUUUGACAUAUUAGAUCUAGCGAGGGUACUGUUUGAAAAGAAGUUAAAGGAACCAGAAGAUGUAGAGGGCAAAGGAAAAUCGAGAGGCGACUCACCGGUGACAAAACACUACAAACAGCGGCUAGCAGAUACUCAUGAUCUCUUAGCCGAGAUCUCUCUCGAGAACGAAAAAUUUCCAGCCGCAGUAACUGAUUGUAGAGCUGCCCUUGCAUAUAAAAAAGAGCUAUAUUCCGAAGAGCGAAGCAUUAUAGCUGAAGCGCACUACAAGCUUUCGCUCGCACUUGAAUUCGCCUCAAUUACCAGCACUUCUGAUGCAAACACCGAUAACAAAGAAGAGACACUAGAGAUAGAUCAGGCUCUCCGUGAUGAAGCCAUUGCGGAGAUGGAGGCAGCGAUCGAAAGCACGCGCCUCAAACUCAAGGAGAAGGAAUCUGAACUAGCCAGUACGGGCACAUUAGAAGAAAAGGAGACAACAGCUAGCCAGAUGAAAGAGGUGGAAGGCAUGUUAGAAGAGCUAGAGACUCGGUUGGUUGAUUUGAAAGGGCCAGCGGUGGAUAUGAAGAGUGCGUUGUACGGCUCUAUCGCGCCCGGAAAAACGCCCCUAGAAAUAGCUGCUCGCCUAGAAGAAGCCAAGCAGUCUGCAACUGAUGUCACGAACCUCACUCGCAAGAAGGCUAAGACGGUCGACAUAUCGGGCACUCCUGAAAAUAAUGGAAAGCGCCACGCGGAAGAAGAAAUCCAAGAUAAUAGCCGAAAGAGAGUGAGAACUGAGCCUGUUGAGGACAAGUCUCACUUAGUCGACGGGGAAAAAAAGUAA